CAAAACAUAAUCAUGUGAUCAUCCAAAAUGGCGCAUGCCAUCAACUUGAUUUUGUUUACAUGCAUUACAAAAUUCAUUUCAGGCCAACAAGUGUUUCAGUUUGAUCAGGGACAAUAUGAACCUCCUCCACUAAAGAAAGGAACAUUCGAUGUAGGCACAGACCCUUUUGGAACAUAUAGAGUUACUAUAAACCAGAAGGAUUGGUUCAAAAGCUCAGACUCAUUCUUCCAUAUUGAUGGGAAAGUCUACUCUACACAUGAUGGCACUCUGCAGUUGCAGCAUGUUGAAAUGUCUGUGGUUGUAGACAACCUAGGCAGCUGGGAAUACAAGGAGUAUCAGUAUGUAGCUGGCAAAACAAGAAUCAAUCUCUCUUUUAAAUCCCAGGCAAAUGCUGUCAUAUUCGGGCAGGAGUUUGUAGAUGGGGCCACUAACUGCAGUGUUCAUAACAGAGAUGGUUUGAUAUCCGGGUUCCCCUCCCUUGCAUCAUAUGCAGGACAGGUUCCCACUGGCUUUCUCUCAUAUGGUGGCAUAUUUACUGGACAUCAAAUGUUAAAAUAUGGAAGAUACCUAGAGCAUGCAAAUUCUGGAAUGUUUAGUGGUCCCCUGGUUGUGUUUGAUAACACAUCUAGCGCCAUUGUGAUCUCAUCAUUCAACCACUUUAUGACAUCACAGAGGCAGCAUAACUCAUCACUUGACAGUCUCAGCUGGGGUCUGGUGGGGAAUGUGUCAGUGGUGCCACCUGGAUUCAAAUACGAGACCAUCAUAUACUACAGUGAUGAUGGUAUUAAUAAGGCAAUGGAAGGCUGGGGAGAGAUGUUGAGAAAGAAGUACAACAAGAAUCUCGAUGCCAGGAACAGAGAUCUUACACUGAACUACCUAGGAUACUGGACAGAUAAUGGUGGUUAUUACUACUUCAAUACAGAGGGAAAUAAAACAUAUGAAGACACCAUAUUAGAUGUCAAGCAAUAUGCAGUGCAACAGAAAAUUCCAUAUAGGUACCUCCAGCUGGACUGCUAUUGGUAUAAUCUAGAUCCCCCAAAUGUACCUCCUUAUAAAAAUGGCAAAUGCAGCGGAGCCACUUUGACUUGGGAUGCCACAAAUAGAACAUUCCCUCAUGGAUUGAAGUACCUAUGGCAGAAAACUGGCUGGCCUGUCCAUGCUCACAAUAAGUUCUGGCACCCAAAGACGCCCUAUGCCAAGAAGAAUGGAGGCAACUUUGAUUUCUUUAUUGAUAAUACUGUUGCCAUCCCUCAGGGUCAGGAGUUCUGGAGCUGGCUGUUCAUGGAAUCUAAACAAUGGGGACUUUCUGUAUAUGAACAGGACUUCAUGGAGAUUCCCCUUAUGAGUGACAUGGUUGUUAGCAACGUGUCUCUUGGGAGAGAUUGGCUGGUUGCUAUGGGAAAAGCUGCUGAGGAAAAUGGCCUUAACUUGCAGUAUUGCAUGACAGCCUCAAAGGAAAUUCUACAGAGUUUAGAAAUACCUGCUGUUACACAGGCCAGAGCAAGCAAUGAUUUCCUAAAUUCUGGGCCCAACCAAUGGAAGAUUGGGGCAACAUCAAUGUUUGCAGAUGCAGUAGGUUUAGCGCCAUCUAAAGAUAACUUCUGGACAACUUCUGUUGAACCUGGAGAUCCGUAUGGUGGAAAGAGUGUCAUUGCAUCAGUGGCACUUGAGUGUCUUAUAGCUACAUUGAGCAUGGGACCAGUGGGGAACAGUGACAAAAUAGGAUACACCAACAGAUCCUUGCUUAUGAGGUGCUGCAAUGAGGAUGGACUGAUACUGAAGCCUACAAAACCUGCAACACCCAUUGAUAGAAUGAUAAAACAGAGGGCGUUCCAAGAUGGCGCGGGGCCUGCAGGGGAGUGUUAUUCCACCUAUUCACAGAUUGGUAGCAUGGAGUCAGCUACUAGGUUUGGUAUUCUGCUGGCAGCAGACAACAUCCAGAAGUGGACUAGUGUUAUAGGACCUGCAGAUGCAGGCUUUGGAACUAUGUCACAGUACUCAAGUUCAGCCUACUAUUUCUCUUACAAAGAUCCUUCAACCGUGUUCCCAUUUAGUGGUGAUCAGGGCAUGAAGAUCGCCAAUUGUACUGUACAAGAUUUCUGCCUUUACUAUGCAUCACCUGCAUUUGAAAUCAAUGCAAAUGAAUACCUGAUUCUCGGGGAGUUAGAGAAAUGGGUGCCAGUUUCCUCAAAGAGAGUAACGGAUAUCACCUACACAGAAGAUGACAUAGUCGUAACACUUACAGGUGCACCUAAAGAAGCCGUCAAGUUUUGGUUUUAUGAUGUGAACCAAUCAACCAACAUUGGGUACAUGUGUACCUUGGAUAUGAUGGGGAUGGAAAAAGUUAGUCUAUUUGGAAAAGUUGGAAAGUGUGUGAAGGCAGUCUAAGUAAAAUGAGUAAUCUGCUCAAUGUGUAAGAUUAUGCAGGAUGUCAUUGAAAUGAUUAUGUUCUAAAAUUGUUAAAUCAAUGAGAAUUGACCUAUAUUCAACAGGUCAAGAAUUAGCAAGUGUAUUUUUCAUUUCGACUUUUCACUUUUUUAACUACCGUAUUCGCCCUUUGCAAAUAUAUAAAUAUGUAGACAGUGAAUGGUAUUAUUUUAUAAGGAUGAUCUCAAAAGUAAGAAUCUGUCAUAGUAUUGGCAAAAAAAUUGUGAACUGCAUUUUUGGGUUCUUUUACAGAUAUGAUAUCAGAAAAAUAUCCAUGAUAUUUGAUCAAAUUGGAAAAUUAAACUGUAAAAUGUGUGUUUAUAAAAAGAACAGGUGUGAUAUACUUUGGACCAUUGUAUGAAGAGUAUGAAUUUUAAUAUUUCAACAAUUUAGAAGGUUGCUCCAAAAACCUCAGUUAAAUGGUCAUCCAUUACUAUCAACAUUAAUGACAUUUGCUUGACUAAAUGAAUUGUUAAACUAUGAAACUACUCCAGUACUCAACUAUCAAAGAAUUUUCAAAAUAUAAAAACAGUAAAACCUGUCUGAUGGUACAGUCAGGAGGUCAAUGCAUUACAUGGAAUAGUUUUCAAAAUAAUGUUGAACCCCCUCUGUAUGGAACAUGGCCAAUAUGGAAGGUAUUCCAUAUAUACAUGUGUUAUUGUAUGUAUAUUUUAAAUAUGUAUGAAUA